CUUCCCAGCUCCGGGUUCCCCCGCCCCCCCGCGGCUUCAGAGAUUGUUGAGCGGUGUCGGCCUCCGGUCUUGUCGACUUCGCGCCUCCCCCGCGACUCAGAGGCAGAGUGACCUUGGCCGUAGUACAAACCGACCUAGGAACCAGAUGAGCAGAGACAUCUGCGUCCACACCUGGCCAUGCUCCUAUUAUUUAGAACUUGAGAAGCAAUGGGUCCCUGGAAAACUUUCAUUAACUUCUCUCUCACUAAAAUUUAUGACUGAUAAAACUAGAGAAAUUCUUGUCAACUUUCCUCUUUCUAGUAUAAUUGAGAUCAAGAAAGAAGCUUCUUAUUUUAUCUUCAGUUCUAUUACCAUCCUGGAAAAGGACCACAACAAGCACUGGUUCAGUUCCUUGCAGCCUAGUCGAAAUGUCGUUUUCAGCAUCAUCGAGCAUUUCUGGAGAGAGAUGCUGUUGUCCCAGUCAGGAGCUGCUGUUGAGGAAUCAUCCUCCCCCAUGACCAAGGGUAAGGAGUUGACUGGUCUGAUGGCCUGUACCCAGAAGCGUCUGGAAGACACAGCCAGAGUCCUUCACCAUCAGGGCGAGCAGCUUGACAGUAUCUCGAGAGGCCUGGACAAGAUGGAAUCUGACCUGGAUGUGGCUGACAGGCUGCUGACAGAACUGGAGUCUCCUUCUUGGUGGCCCUUUAGCUUCAAGCUUUGGAAGAUGCCAUCAGAAACAAAGCCCAAGUGGGACGCCUCAAUGGCUAGUUCCAAAGCUUUGGGAAAAGAAGGGAUAGUGAUCAAAAUUCCUGCUGUUAUUUCCCAAAAAACAGAAUCUCAUGUUAAACCAGGAAGGCUCACCGUCUUUGUUUCUGGGUUGGAAAUCCACAACUCAGAUUCUCUGCUCAUGCACAGAUUUGAAAGAGAAGAAGUAGAUGACAUCAAGGUUCAUACACCUUAUGAAAUUAGCAUCCGCCAGCGGUUCAUUGGGAAGCCAGAUAUAGCUUAUCGUUUGAUAUCUGCCAAGAUGCCAGAGGUUAUCCCCAUUUUGGAAGUGCAGUUCAGCAAGAAGAUCGAGUUUUUAGAAGAUGCCUUGAUGCUCAGAAGCACUAGAACCUCUCCCCUAGCAGAGAAGGGCUACUCAGUCUGGCAUGCAGAUCCUGAGGAAACUAAAAGAUCUCGCGUUGGAUGCCGAAUCAGAGCUGGAGAGACAGGAUGAGGCCUUGGAUGGCAUCACUGCAGCUGUGGACCGGACAACCUUAACCAUUGACAAGCAUAAUCGACGAGUGAAAAAACUGACCUAGAAGGACAAGAAAGCAUAGAGGUGACUGCUUUUGUUGAGAAUCACUUCUCUGAGUACGUUGUUCUCAACUCCUGCAUGCUUCCUUUGAGAUGAAGACCCCAGGAAGUCAUUCCAAGCGCCCUGCCCCAGGAGGUGCACAGCUGCCUCAGGGUGAAGGGCUGCUUUUGACAGCUGUGAGCAGCUUAGCUUGGGGUGAUUGUGGCUUCCACCAAGGGAUUCCCUUGCAGGGAGCUGAAAGUGCAGCUGAAGGAGAGGAGUUCUGCCUGCAAAUACAGCGAGCCACUUCCUCCCAAGGCCCUCUCGGGCUGCUUGUGGAGUCAGGAGCACACACGCAUUCAAACAUGGGCUGAGCCCUAUUGAGGUGGCCACGACAGCAAGGUGGCUCUUCAUUCUGAGGGUGGGCUGCACCCAGCACUCAGGGACCACUUUGCUUGGCCACAAUCCCAGGUCUCCAGUGGCACAACUAGCUGCAUUUUCAUCCUUUUUCCACUCUUGAUAAGCAUAAAAAGGUUGGUUUAAGUCUCUGUGAAAGAAAUCUACUUAUUUCUAACCCUCUGCCUAUCUGAACACUCUAGGCAUAUCCUACGUCAGCAAAAUCUCUUCUCCAGGAUCACAUUCAGGUCUGAGCCUGCCUCUCCUACAUGGGCUGCUCAGCACAGACCCCACUGCCUUCACUUUGUUCCAUUUUUCUUUGGUGAACAGGUCAGUUUCUUUUUGGUUGUAUUAUAAUUUCUAACCAAAGCUGAGUCUAGUAUACCUCAAGGUCAUCCUAUAAGCACCUGAAAUAUUUUCACUGCUCAGUUUUUAGUCAAACAUGAAAAUAGUACAUACUGCACCUAUUUUAAAAAGUGUUAAUUUUUGCUUUUUUGACCCAUUUCUACCCAGAAACAAAAGAGAAAUGCUAGCUUUAGAAUAUUUUUUGAAGCUAUGCGUUGAUGCUGCUUUUUGCUUGGUUUUGGGUAUCUUAGUGUGUCCCUGGGAGAGCCCCUCAUGGGGAGACAAGAGGAAAGUAGAGAAGUGGGUGACCUCCCCCGAUUCUCACAACAAGCCACCUCCAGACUGCUUUGAAAUAGCAUCCCAAAGAACCUUGCACAGAGGCUCAUUUAGACCUUGUAGAGAUGUUACUUUGAAGCGCGUUUCCUACAGCCCUCCUGGGAUGGCGCUCGCAAGCCCUGUGCUGCCCUGCUGCACCACUCCACGUGCAUACUAAGUCCUGGAUCGUUUUAAGAAUUAAUUCACAGAUGCAGUGUAAGUUUUCUGGGGCUGCCCCAACAAAGUACCACAAACAGGAGGCUUACAACAAUAGGAAUGUACUUCCGGAGGCCAGAAGUCCAGGAUCGAGGUGUAGGCAGGCUGUGCUCCUUCUGGAGGCUCUAGGAGAGGAUCAUUCCUGCCACUUCUAGUUGCUGGUACCUCCAUGUAUCCCUGAGCUUAUGGCCACAUCACCCCAAUCUCUGCCUCCAUCGUCAUGUGGCCAUCUUCCUGUGUUUCUGUGUCUCAAAUCUCCCUCUCCUCUCUCUUACAAGGAUCCAUCCUAAUCCAAGGUCAUCUUAUCUUGAGAUCCUUACCUUGAUGACAUCUACAGAGACCCCAUUUCCAGAUAAGGUCACAUUCAGAGGUUCCCAGUGAGUAUGAAUUUUGGGUCACCUAGGGAUGCCCAGCCUUGUCAUAGCUGACCCAUUCCAAAAAGACAUGGAAAGUAGCACUUUUAGAAAGUAAUGUUCAUAGGAGUCUUUCAGUUCUUUCCUGUUUUGCAAUUUGGUAUAUUAUAUUCCUAGUCUCUGUUUGUCUUACUUGGUUAGUACUUACCAACUUCCAAAAUGACGGGUGGACCUGUUCUGUCAAGGUUUCUCACGCUAAUGCAGCAUGUGAGCAGUUUGCUCUUGACCUUUCCUGGCACAUCAAGUGAUGGAGCUCUUGGAGCUCAUGGUCCUUCCAGGGGGUCUGAGCCCCAUGCAGCCCCUUCUAGUGCUUGAUGACAAGGAGGUCGGGGAGGACAUGGCAGGUGUGAAGAUGUGUCAGCAAGGACAGUUAUUGAGAGCUCAUGCCUAAAGGCAGCGGCAGCUGGAUCACAUCCCUAGGGAACUUGGAGGAAUGCUGGAGGAAAGGCAGCUCGUGCCCUGGGCACAGGGCAAGUGCAGGUGUGCAGGCUGCGCCCAAAUACUGUAGCUUCUCACAGCAGCCCAUGAAGAGUGAGUUCCCCUGAGGUAGAGUAUGUGGUUCUCACCGUGGCCACACACUGGGCUCAUGCCAGGAACUCAGAAGAUACAAACACACACGCACACACACGUGCACUGACCCCAGACCCCUCAGUCAGAAUCUCUGAGGGUAUAUACAUUACCCAGAUGUUUCUAAUGAGCAGAAGGGGAAGAUCCACAGGCCAGGUGACUUACUGCCACUAGACCUGCUCUCUCUCUACAUCUAGCUCUAGAGAGCCCUGAACAGCUGAAAUGAAAACGAAUCUGUCCCACUCAUGAUGCUCUUCUGAAUCCAGGUGGGCACUGCUCAGGAGUUCCCAGUGCAGCCUCCAGCAGCCAGCCAGCCUCUGCUUGUCCUGAAAACAGAUACCACCCAGCACUCAUGUGGCAUCAGGGCUGUACACACCUCGGCUGCUAACAGGCCUCUGGAAAGCAGGGGGCCAGGGCUCUUGGUGAUCCCUCGCCAGGAGCAAGCCCUGAGCUCUCUGGGCCUCACGCUCUCCUAAUCCAUCACCUGGGGAUGCAUAAAGCCCAGACACUCUGGGCAUGAAGGUGUGUGGUACAGAAGACAUUGUACUGCUAGAGGAUUAUUCUCUGGGCCUUUUCUCUCCCAUGAAUAGUUAAAUUGAUAGAGACUAUGGUCUGUUUAUGUGGAGACUUAGAGUGUAAAAAAAAAAAAGGCCAUCAAGGGCCAUUUUAUGCUAUUUUUUUUAACCUUGGCCCUAGAGUUAACUUUUUUAACCUUAAACCCUUCCAGUAGCAGAAAAUCCAUGUGCCAAACUGUUAGUCACCAAGGCUGAAACAAAAUUGCCAGGAACCGUAUAACACCAGGCAUUGAUUCCCACGGCACACUGAUUCCCCACCCCAGGUGCACUAAUUCCACCUCCCAUUGCUCCCUCAACUUAUGGUGCACUGACUCUGCCUCCACACUUCAGACAUGGGAAGGACACGAGGGGGAACAGAUAUUAUGAUGCUCCUAGAAGCAGUACCAGGGGAAGGAGAUGAGCAGGUAGGCUGGUGAUCUCUCCUGCCAUCCUCAGGCAGCCCAGGUGGUAAGUGCCGUGAUGGUUAGAACCAAGUGGAUCCCAUCAGGUGAGUAGACCCUCUGGAGAGUGGCAGGAAGGGCACACUGAGCCUGUUGGCAUCAUCAUUGCUGGUGUUUGGAUCAGGACCUAUUGUGUCUCCUGUUUUGUUUUUUACUUUCCUGAUGUGGAGUAUGUCCUCUAACAUUGACAUUAGGUUUAUGUGUGGGGUCAGGCUCACCCACAUGAGUACCAAACUCUAUUUGCCGCUGUUUAGCCUGUGACUGAGGGAAUUAUGAGGGGAUUAUGUUAGUUUGUUGUCACCCCAUAAGGUGUUUGUACUUCCUAAAACAUGUAACACUUUGAGCUCAGUUUUACACUCUGUAGAGGUGGGCAGAAUACAAGACCCACGUCUGAUGCAGCUGUGAGACCAAUAUUGAGCUGAAAUGAAACUGCUUUGACAUUUCAUCAAAAAUGGCUGAUCCUUUUGUUUGUUUUGUUUCUAUAUAAGGGUCAGGUAGAAAAUAUUUCAUCUUUCAAGCCAUAUGGUGUCUGUUGUGAACAAAUGGCCAUGCUAUGUUCCAGUAAAACUACCUGUGAGAUUAGAAUUUCAUGUA